UCCAGGUGCAGAGAUGACGUGUGCAGGCGUUGAGGUGACGUCUCCAGGUGCAGAGAUGACGUGUGCAGGCGUUGAGGUGACGUCAGAGGGAGAAGGGGUGACGUGUGCAGGCGUCGAGGUGAAAUCUGCAGAUAUUGAGAUAACGUCUACCGGUGAUAAGAUGACAUCUACAGAUGAUAAGGUGACCUCUACAGGUGAUGAGGUGACCUCUACAGGUGAUGAGGUGACCUCUACAGGUGUUGAGAUGACCUCUACAGAUGAUAAGGUGACCUCUACAGGUGUUGAGAUGACAUCUACCGGUGAUAAGGUGACCUCUACAGGUGUUGAGAUGACAUCUACAGGUGUUGAGAUGACGUCUGCCGGUGUCGAUCGAAUCACAGCAGGACACCGCGCAGCCGUGACGGACGACGGCCUCCAGGUGGCAGCAGCGUUCACGGCCGACGCCAGCGACGUGUUUAUGACGUCGACGCCCCGGACGCGUCGCCGCGGGAGCGUGGACGCCGCGUCGCCGGCGCCUCGUGGCUCCCCCCGGUGGUCGGUGCGGCGGACACGGUCGGACGCGACGCCGGGAUACCGGCGCGGCGCGAGCUUCGACGACAGCUACCCGGGGUUCCGCGCCGCCGAGCUGCUCGCAGCGCCCUGCGCCGGCCUCACGAACGUCUGCCUGUACGUGCAGGGCGUGAAAGAGAUGGCGCUAGUGUUGCUGCUCGACCCGCAGGCGUGUUCGCUGCAGUCUACGGCAGAAGCCCUGUACAAGCUGGCCACCGCCCAGUUGGAGAGUCUAGAUGCAGUCCUUAAGAAGGUUCUACAAAACACCUCCAGCUAUACUGGCCCCGACCACCGAUGGCUGGUCUAUGACGACUCCGAGUGGAGCCUGCAGGGGGAGCCACUGGAGCCGGUGUACGAGGAGGACAGGGCGUUCUCGAACCUGGCGCUGUGGCUUCACGGAGAGUACAGCGAGAACGAGAACGUCAACCAGGUGACCUGCAGGACGGGCCACCACCACGUGGUCAGUCGCCGCGUCGACGACCAGGAGACGUUUCUAUCGCCGCGGCAAUGCGACGGCAAGCCAUUCUCGUCCGCGCCGAGUCUUUCUGCCGCCCACCUACAGAUGGAGCUGGAGUCGGGUCGUCUGCUUCAGGAGGAGCACGGUAUCGUCCUGCUGUAGGGCC